AUGGUCAAGGCUGUUGCUGUCCUCCGUGGUGAUUCCAAGAUCACCGGCACCGUCACCUUCGAGCAGGCCGACGAGAACGCCCAGACCACCGUCUCAUGGAACAUCACCGGCCACGACGCCAACGCUGAGCGUGGCUUCCAUAUCCACCAGUUUGGUGACAACACCAACGGCUGCACCUCUGCAGGCCCCCACUUCAACCCCUUCGGCAAGACCCAUGGUGCUCCCGAGGAUGAGGUCCGCCACGUUGGUGACCUGGGCAACUUCCGCACCGAUGCUGAGGGUAACGCCGUCGGCUCCAAGCCCGACCCCCUUGUGAAGCUCUUCGGUGCCGAGAGUGUUCUGGGCCGCACCCUUGUCGUCCACGCUGGUACUGAUGACCUCGGCCGUGGCGGCAACGAGGAGUCCAAGAAGACCGGUAACGCUGGUCCUCGCCCUGCUUGCGGUGUCAUCGGCAUUGCUGCUUAA